GAAUCGCUCCGGAACCUGAGCAAAAAUUUCCCUGCCGAAGGAUGGAUUGAACGACACCGCUCUCGGUGGGUCUAGAGCGGGUCCUCCUGUGUUCUUUCCAGUAGCCAGGAACAAUGUCCGAUCGAGGAUGUGUACCAGCCGGAAGAUCAUCUGGAGUCUGUUGGUUCUCUCUGUUUUGGAGAUAGGGCUGGGCAUCUCCAGCAUCGUCCUGGGUGCGGUGGGCAUAAGUCGGGUACGGCCCGGCCAGAAGACGCAGCAAGGGGAUGCGUCUCCGUUUCUCCUCUGUGGCCUGUGCGGGAUGCUCUGUGCGAAGAAAAGAACCGGCUUGGUUAUGAUCCUGUUCUCUGCCUGCUGCAUCUGCGGGCUGAUCGGCGGCAUCCUGAACUUCCAGUUUGUGCGCGCGGUGAAGCGUCCGGGCGCGCUGCCCUCGCUGCACAUGGCGGCCAUGACGCUCACCUGCCUGGGCAUCAGCAGCUGCACGCUGAGCACCUGGCUUACCUGCCGCCUGGCCAGCACCGAGCAGCAGAGGAUGUUCCUGGAGCGCGAGCACUCGCUGCACCACUCGCACGAGAUGACCGACAAGGAGACCCUAGACAACUCCAGUAACGGGAUACCACAGAUUUCCUACAAUGGACGGAAUGCGUCACCAUGACCACGUGGGAAAACCCAUUGUUACCUCACUGAAGUCGUGCUGUGGACAUACCAGUGUUUCAAAAUGGCGUUUCAACAGACCCUGGGCUGCAAGAUCAGGGAUGAGGGUAGCACAACUUCCACGGAGAAGAGCUAUCAGUGACCCUUCACGAUGCUGACUUGGGGAAUGAUGUGUCAGGCUUUAGGAUGAU